AUGGAGCAUCAAAACGACCGCUGCACUUAUUCCGUUCGCCCGCACGGGAAGUUGCAAGAAUACUUGCUGGAACUCGAGAGUAAACUCCGGAAUACCGCCGCACUGCUCCGUGAGUUCGGCACAACACCUAAGGGGAGCGAUGCGGAGGGCUCUCCUGCCAAUUGCACCACCUCUGCAGCGCAAUCGGUGGGUGCGUACAUCGAGGAACUACAGGGAGAAGUUGAGGCGUAUGAUGAACUUAUCAACGAGCGACUAAAACAAAUACGCCACCAGGCGGAUGCAGCCUCGCAGGUGCACGUGGCAUAUCAAAAGAUGUUUCCGGACCAUUCUCUCAAACCGAAUACGAUUAGCCCUGCAGAGAGGAAGCCAUCAGCUAGUAGAGGUGUCUGUUACGACGGUGUUCGUCGAUACCUUUCUCACUUUAUAAACUGGGAUCCAUUGGAAUUUGCUCGUGUCCCGGGUGGUGAAGACGAGGCUAAUUGGGAUCCACGAACGUCUCCCGCGCCUAGAAACAGCGCUUCAUUGUAUCCGACCGAGGGAAUUAAGGGGGAUGGCGGUGAUCGGAACUGUGGGCCAUGGUCGCAUGCUCAUUCGACGCCUAACCACCAGUCGCAGUGGUCGGGAGCUCCGUGCGGCCCACGCGGAUCGGGUCAGCAGUGCGGUAGACGAGGGAUAAAAUCUGUAGUGGAUGAUUUGGUGGUUCGGCAGCUUCAGUAUGACGGCGUCCCGCUAACAACGACGAUGGAGAUGGAUCUGGGAUGCUAUAAUGGAUUGGCGGCUGCAUGUGAAAAGAAUCCCACGAGGAGCAGCCAUCCAGUAAGCGUGGCGGUGCCGCAGGAGAUCCGUUGCGGAGUCCUGCGACCGUGUUCACUUCGGGAGGAAAGCGUGGACAUACUGCAAAUGGUAACGGACGCCUACCCGCGUACCGUUCAGUGGAUUGUUAAUAUCGUUAAUCUUUGCAUCUCCUCCGCAGAUAUUCCGAGGACGGUCAUGACGACUGCUGAAGGAUUGGCACUGCUACUAGAGGCAGAUGCUAAUGGAGCCAUACCGCACACGCAGCAAACGAGGGAGAGUGAGAGCCAAUCGAGCAAGGUGUUUUUCCCAGCGGUUUCUGCACCAGAAGCGGAACCGACGCCGGAUCGUGACAUGCGCGAGACUCAGGAAACACCGGAACUCGGCGAUGUUGUGCGGCUUCACAGAAGUGCUGCCUUCUUGUGGUCCUCGCAAUUGAAUGAGGAAGUCGAAGACGGAGAGGAUGAUGAACUCGCGGAAGCCACCAGUAGAGAUGCCGGUACCGAUAUGGCUCCAGACGAGGAGCAAGAUUAUCUCGAGGAACACGAAUAUUAUGUAGGCAUGGAAGAUCUUAUACAUGCAGAUGUGGAAGCCGAUGAGGUGGAGGAAGACGAGGACGACGAUGGAGAUGGAGAUGACGGCCGGAUAUUUGUGAAUGACAGCGCAGGAGAGGAAGAAGACGAGGUGGAUGAGGAUAUGCUUGAGGAAGGGGAAGAUGUCGGCGAAGAGGAGACUGAAGACGACUACAGAUACUUGCAACAGCAGCGAAACGCAGAGGAAGGUGACGUUGGCGGAGGAAUCCGGGGUCGAGGGGAGGGAGGAGAGAAACAAGGAGAGCCAACUGCGUCCACGGAACAGAAUGAAGUCCAACUCGUCGCUUUCGUGAUGCAGCGACUGAAGGUAUUCCUGUCAGACCUCGUGAUUAUUACGGCACUGCAACAGCUGGCGCUGAUGGUUUCGGCGGCUCGGGCUACAAUGUCAGACAUGACGAUUAACGGGGGCGAAGACGGUGACACAACUUCGUUGACACUGCAGCGAGCCGCUGAGUUCGCCUUAGCGUUAUGUCGUCAUCCGUCCGUGGCAUGGCGGCUUGCAGUCGAGAACGGGUUUCAUCAGUCUCACACGCUGGGUGAUGGUGAUCCUCAGGUCAGUGGUGAUGCUGCGCGGCCGUCCGCACUGCUGCUUUCUUUCCGUCACAUUCUCGUGGCACUUGGGUACAUGCCGUUAGCCCUGGGAAAUGAGCACAGACGUGCCUGUGAGGAGUCACAAGUGAAUGGGAACUCACAUGGUGGGAAACAGGCACAGGAACGCCUGCUGUGGUGUGUGGCGCCCUUUCUGCGCUUGUGGGGUGACAACCAGCGAUCGUACUCUGGUGUUGGCGUUCCAACAGAUCCCAUGUAUGGUUUCGUCGAGGAUAGUCGUGGUACUGGUGGGGCCGCGGUAGCCGUUCCGAUAUGCACGACGCCGUUAGUGUGGCAAGAAAGCGUUCUCAUGAGCCUCCUUGAUCAGGUAGGGAAAUUGAAACAGCUUGAGGAGCUUCUUCAACAGGAAGGACAUAAUGUGAAGCAAGCGGCAUCUUCCUUCAAUACAACUCCCCAACCAGAGAGCCUGCUUUAUCGCUUCAUAUAUCCACUUAGUGCACCUGUGCUGCGUAAUCUUGACGAUUGCUGCGAAAGGGGUCUCAUCACGACAUUCGGAGGUAGUCCUUCGCAACGCACGAGUAUGAGCGAGUCACCGCAAGGUACCCCUUUUCGCCUGCCGCCCCCACAGCAGCAACCAACGUCACCGGCCGCAGCUAUCAGUACCCAGCGGCGCUCAAUAAUCAGCGGGUUUCGCGGCAUGUUGCAAGGCUGGACGGGCUCUCGAAACAACAAUCGUCGCAACACCGAUACCGAUCCUGCUGUAACCAGUGGGGACGACGCCCAAUCCCAGGAUCCCACUGCCUCUCCGAAGCCUUCAGCACCCCAGCAUACCGUGAUCUUGGAGCUUCCCCACGCCAGCACGAUUUUGUUGCAGCAAGACGAGCUACAACGACGCGCUACAUCCGCGUUACUUUAUCCCAAGGAAAAUCUGAGCUUCCAUUCGGCGAACCCCGUUAGGUUGCUAAACUCAUUUGUUGUGUGGCAACCGAUGUUCCAGAAAACCAUGUGCUACUGCCCGAUAACACGCAGACGUUGUAUUGACGCGUGUGUGCACGGUAUCACUCCCGAGCAAUAUAAGGAAGCGCCGACGUCCCUCACAACUGGGGCUGAGUCGGGGUUCAAUCCCGCGCAGUUGUUAAACUGUGGUCACGUGAUUUCAUAUCGCGCGAUGAUGGCACUGGCAGAACGGCCGCAGCGACUGGUCAGAGGGUCAUCAAACGGCGUGCGAUGUCCGUAUUGCACAAUGGUGACUCCGUUGGAGCAGUCGCUGAUGCUAUCGUGUAUUUACUAG